CCCGUGUUGGUUCUUCAGAAUGACUCUCUCUACUCUCAGAGACGUCCUUACACCAGUGAAGAUGAGGCCUGGAAAACCUUUCUUGAAAAUCCCCUUACAGCAGCUACCAAAGCUAUGAUGAGCAUCAAUGGUGAUGAAGACAGCGCAGCUGCCCUCGGACUGCUGUAUGAUUACUACAAGGUUCCAAGGGAGAGGAGAUCUUCGACAGCUAAACCAGAGGUAGAACAUCCUGAGCAAGACCAUAGCAAAAGGAACAGCAUCCCAAACGUGACAGAACAGUCGCUUAUUUCUGCUGGAGAAAACAGAGUCCAGGUUCUGAAAAAUGUGCCUUUCAAUAUUGUCCUUCCACACACGCCCCAGAUGGGCAUGGACAAGAGAGGCCACCUUACAACCCCUGACACAACGGUCACCGUUUCAAUUGCCACGAUGCCCACCCAUUCCAUCAAAACGGAGACGCAGCCCCAUGGCUUUGCAGUAGGCAUCCCACCAAGCGUCUACCACCCCGAGCCCCCCGAGCGGGUGGUGGUCUUCGACAGGAACCUCAAUCCCGACCAGUUCAGUUCCAACACCCAGCCUCAAAACUCCCAGAGGCGAACGCCAGACUCCACCUUCUCAGAGACUUUCAAGGAGGGCGUGCAAGAGGUUUUCUUUCCUACUGAACUGAAUCUCCGGAUGGCCAACAUGAAUUCAGAAGAUUAUGUGUUUGACAGCAUUUCUGGGAAUAACUUUGAAUACACUUUGGAAGCCUCCAAGUCCCUCCGACAGAAGCCUGGGGACAGCACGAUGACUUACCUGAAUAAAGGUCAAUUCUACCCAAUCACACUGAAAGAAGUCAGCAGCAGUGAAGGAAUCCAUCACCCCAUCAGUAAAGUCCGAAGUGUCAUCAUGGUUGUGUUUGCUGAAGACAAAACAAGAGAAGAUCAGCUCAGACACUGGAAAUACUGGCAUUCAAGACAGCACACAGCCAAACAAAGAUGCAUUGACAUAGCUGACUACAAGGAGAGCUUCAACACCAUCAGUAACAUUGAGGAGAUCGCGUACAAUGCCAUAUCCUUCACUUGGGACAUCAAUGAGGAAGCAAAGGUUUUCAUUUCUGUGAACUGCCUCAGCACAGAUUUCUCCUCUCAGAAGGGAGUUAAAGGCCUGCCCCUGAAUCUUCAGAUCGACACCUACAGCUACAAUAACAGGAGUAACAAACCUGUCCACAGAGCCUACUGCCAGAUUAAAGUCUUCUGCGACAAG